GAAUUGAUUAAUUGGCAUAGAGAGACAGUGGAUGUAAUAGUAAACACUGGUAUUGACUACUUAGCAUUUGAGACUGUACCAGCAUUGAAAGAAGCUGAAGCUAUUGUGCAGCUAUUACAAGAAUAUCCAUCAACUAAAGCAUGGAUAUCAUUUUCCUGUAAGGAUGGAGAACAUACAUGUCAUGGUGAGAAAUUCUCGGAUGCAGUAAAAGUUGCUGCGUCAUCCCCAUCCGUGGUUGCCGUUGGUAUUAACUGUACACCUCCUCAAUACAUAAAAUCACUAUUAAAAAGUAGUGAGAAUGAAAUUGGUGACAAAAUAUUUGUAGUUUACCCAAAUGGAGCAUCAUAUAUUGGUGGUGGUCUAUGGAAAAAGAAUGAGAAUAAUAAAAAUCUAUGUGCAUAUGUUCCUGAUUGGAUUAAUGCCGGUGCCAACUGGAUUGGAGGUUGCUGUAUGAUAGGAAGUCAGCAAAUACAAGAUAUAAGACAAGCUAUGGUUGAUACGAUAGCUAAAUAAAUGUUUCUCAAAACAAAACAGUAAAUCAUUACCUUGCUUGUAUCAUCAAAAAUGAAAGGGAAAGGUUUAUUAAAGGAACAAUGUCUGUU